GAUCACGUGGGCGGUUGCCGAGCGCUUGCCGGUGUCAUGGAUGUGACUGGAUUAGAUGUAGCGGUGGGAGCAGAGGCCGAUAUCCGUACUGGAGUGCAGGCGGCGAGCACGCAGCUGCUGCUGGCUCAGGCCCGCACCCUGAGGGCUGAACUGAAGAAUUUGAGGCAGGAAGUCAACAAAGCUGUUCAUGUACAUAAGAAAUCAAUUGAGGAUCUACGAGCUCUCUUGUAUAGUUUGAAAAGAGGGUCUAUCCAAGCUGAUGUGCCCAUCCAGAAUGAUGUUCCCACCAGAAAUCAACUAUCUCUAUCUUUGGAGAAAGGAAACAUUCAAACUACACCCAUAGGAUACAUUGACUCCUGCUUCUUUGCCAAAAAUGGCACACCUCGGCAACCAACAGUUUGUGGUUUGUCUCGUGCACGACUUAAAAUUAGCAAGACUAUUUUUACUAAUGCGGAGCAUUCACUCAUGGGCUUGGAACAAUUUUCACAUGUUUGGAUUAUCUUUAUUUUUCACAAGAAUGGGCAUCAAGGCUAUAAAGCUAAAGUCAAACCACCUCGACUGAAUGGAUUAAAAACUGGAGUGUUUUCUACAAGAAGUCCACACCGCCCCAAUGCAGUAGGUUUAACAUUGGGGAAGCUUGAUAAGAUUGAAGGUGAUACUCUUUAUCUUUCGGGAAUUGACAUGAUACAAGGAACGCCAGUACUGGACAUUAAACCAUAUAUUCCAGAUUAUGACGCACCUAGGGUUGACCCAAUGGAUAAUGUAAAUGAGAGUCAAGAGGUUUUUGUGCCAGAAGAGCAAUGCCAAGGAAUACCCAAUCCAAUCUUUGGGAAGGUAACUGAGGAGAGUGAGGAUAAGCAAUCAAUCCAUGUCAAAGUGGCUUCAAAGUUAGUAGCUGAUUGUGCUAUUGUUGAGGUAGAACAUUCCCCCAAAGAUACCACGUGUCCAUUUAGAAAGACAGAUGGCGAGAUAAUGGAUGAAAAAGGCAAGGUUGGGAAAAUCUCACUACAAACUACCAACGAUAAUCCCGAAAAAAAGAAGUAUUGUGAACAUCAACUAAGUGAGAAAGUUGAUCAGCUUGCUGGAAAAGGGAUUGCUUCUUGUGAAAGCAUACACUUAACCGUGGAGAAAAUCAAAAGCCAGUUAGUUCACAGUGAUAUUGUAAACAAAAUAACUGAAGAAGAAGAAGUAAUUUGCUUUAAGCCUGAGAAAUCUCUGAUAGUCAGCAAGAGGAAGAAAACAGAUAAUGUUGCUAUUAACAUACCUUGGAAUAAAUUGCCCAAUGGCAAUAUUGCAACUUGGAUAAAACAGCCACCUGUGACUUCCUUAAAGGUUCGAUUCACUCCUCAUGCAGAAAUGGAUUUGCAGCAGUUUCAGGCUCCAGGAGGGUCAGAUCCAGAGAAAAUGACAUUGAACUAUUUCCAGUCUGUAGAGGAAAUAAAAUCUGCCAUGAUGUCUGUGUUAUCAGCUGAUCCAAGAUCCAUAUAUCGGAGGACACAGUGCCGGGACAUGCUCUUUUAUUUCACUCUGGACACUGCCCACAUCACCACUUGGUUUGGAGAUGGCUUUAGUGAAAUCCUCAGGAUAAAACCUCUGAAAGAGCCACCAGACAUUGGAACUGUCAAAGUUUAAAUUGGUCCAGCUGAAAGCAUUGCACUUCCAAUAAAAUAAAAAAACCUUUAACAAUCUUCCGUGAUGAGUUGCAAUUCCUCUCGAACAAACACUUAGAUUUUACAAAGUGCAUUUCCAUUGAAUAUUCCAUUGAAUGACCUUCAUUUUACUGUUAUGAAGUUAUGGUGCUUCAGUGAUGUUGAAACUUUCCUUCUGAAGAUAAGAAUGUAUAAUUGGCUUUAGACUGGAAACAGUCUUGUAACCUGUUCUCUAAUCCUUCAUCUGAAGAAAAUACUCAUGAACUAUUGUGAUUUUAAUAUUUAUUCAUCAUUAGGUUUGCACCACUUUUCAGGCAACCGUAUUGGUUUCUAUCAGUAACUUUAAUUUCAGUAAUGUGCUUAUUUCUUCUGAAGAACUGAAUUAGAUAAAAUUAAUUUGGUAAUGUCUCUUUGUAAGUUUUAUCCAUAAUACUGCUAUGUCAUUUAGAUUGCGGUGACAAUUUCACUCAAUUCCUCAAAAUUGUAUCAUUUAUUUUCUGUCGGAUGAUUGAUAACAGGUCUCUCAGAGCUGUGAUUUUUGAUUUCUUUUGCUCAGCAAUUGGAAUUUCUAAUAUCAAAUAGGAUUGAAGCAACUUGGUAUACGUUAAGCAACACACACAAUAUGCUGGUGGAACGCAGCAGGCCAGGCAGCAUCUAUAGGGGGAAGCACUGUUGACGUUUCGGACCAAGACCCUUCGUCAGGACGUCGACAGCGCUUCUCCCUAUAGAUGCUGCCUGGCCUGCUGCGUUCCACCAGCAUUUUGUGUGUGUUGCUUGAACUUCCAGUAUCUGCAGAUUUCCUCAUGUUUUGUAUACGUUAAAUCCUUAUCUGUGAGGGAAAAGGACACAGAUUACAAAACUGUAGAUGCCAAUAAGGCCACUUAAUGUGACACAGAGGAUGUAAUGACAGACAGUGGUCAACCAGUCUUUGGAUAUAACUUUUGUGUAUGUUUCAGCAUUAGACUUCAGUUUUAAUCUGUAUGUAAACCUAUCUGCAUUCCUGAUGUUCCAGAUCCUGGCUCUGAUCACAUGCUGAGAACCCCAGUUACGAACCUGAUUCCUGAAUCUUGUUCUCAAAACCAACCAUGGCUUCAGGUUUUUUUUAAAAAAGAAGUUUCAGACAUGUUUGCUGUUCAGAAAUUUUUCAAAAUUACUAUAAGAAAAACUAAAUAAAUUUACUUUUUCCUCAAAAUGUGUAUUUCUUUAAAACCUUUUUUUUCUAUCUUUCCAUAAGAUUGCAGAAAAAAGUACUUGUGUUGCACCUCUAUCAGCUAUAGUUUACAGCCAUUACUGAAUUUUGGAUGGCACUUACCCAUUAAAGAAAAUAUGGUAGUCAACAUGCACAUAGCAAAUUACAAAUAUAAAUGAGCUAGAAGUUUAGUGGACAUUUCAUUGGUGGAUGUAAUGGCCGUCAAGCAUCUGGUAGUAUUUCCCUACCCUAUGUAUUUUAUAAUCUGGUUGUAAUGGAUUAGAACAUAAAAGCAUUUCUCCACAUAACUGGCACUAAGUUCAGGAUUGCCAUUAGAGCAGAAAAGCACAUAUUUUUUGGCAGUUUUUUGCUGGCCAUUUCCCGAUGGUGCUUUGAUGCUAGACUUACAAAGUUCAAACAAGCAGAAAUUUUUGAGCAUCACAAUGGAGCUUUGGUUGCCAAAUCUGUGCCAUGAUCCAACAUCUCAUCAGAAAGACAGCAUGAUUGGCAAAUGGCCCAUCUGUCAAUAGUUCCCUAGAAUGUCCUUUACUUAUAUCAUGGGCUAAUAUUUGGUUAUCUAGUCAUUAUCACCUUACUAAUUUGAUGGGCAAAUUGACUGCUCUUGUUUCCUGUAAUUCAAAAACCUCAGUUCAAAAAUAUUUCACUGGCUGUGACCUGCUCUGGAAUGCCCAGAGGUUCUGAUAUAAGGGUGGGUCCUUAUGGCAAGUGGCUGCUAUUAAUCUUUCAAAAUUAUCAACUUAAUCACAUAGUUUCUUUUGGCAAGUUAACAGUUGACUAGGUCAUGUGCCAAAGCUACAGUUCCUCAUUGUUUUAAUGCUAAAAAUGCAAGUUUUGUUGUAAAUUUACACAGAUAUGAAAGUAAUCAAUGACUAGAAACGAGAAGAAUUGUAUUACAUGUUGCAUGUAGCAUAACAGUAAGUGUUCCAACUCCAGGUUACAGGAAAAUAAAAUGUAAUAUUA